AUGAGCCAAUCUUCAAGCCUUCCAAUCUUACAAAACAUAACAAAGUUCAAUAGUACGCUCACCAGAAUCUUGGCUCAAAACCCAGGACCAUAUACACUCCAAGGUACCAAUACGUAUUUAAUCUCAGGUUCAAAAUCUAGUUUUUUAAUCGAUACUGGUCAAGGUCUUUCAGCUUAUAUACCAAUCUUAGAAUCAGUUUUAAAAGUUAAUCCACCAGUUUCAGAUAUCAUUUUAACUCAUUAUCAUGGAGAUCAUGUAAAAGGUAUUACAUCAGUACUAAAAUCAAUUCGAUCUAUCAACAAGAAACACUUUGAAUCAUCAUCAGAUCAAUUCAAAAAACCCAAAGUAUGGAAAUAUAAACUCACCAAUCCUAUUCAAAAUUCUUUAAUCAAAUCAGAUGAAGAAGCAAUCGAUACUGAAUUGAUUAAAACUUACUUAGAAACACUUGAAGAGAAAGAAGACUAUUUUGAAAAAUCAUCAAUAACAGAAGAGGGUACUACCAAACCUGAAUACCAGUAUAUGAACUGGCUUAAAGAUGAUCAAAUCUUUAAAAUCUCAGAUCAAUUGAACUUAAAAAUCAUUCAUACACCUGGUCAUACCAAUGAUUCAAUUUCAUGUGCACUUUUUUCAAAUCAAUGUAAUCAAACAGAAACAAAACCCCAUCAAUUAAAUGCAAUCUUCGUAGGUGAUACUAUCCUUGGAGGAAGUACCACAAUCUUUGAUGAUCUAAGUGCUUAUCUUAAAUCACUAGAAAACCUACGAAAUUUAAUCCAAUCCGAAAACUUAAACGGACUCAAAACAUCUGAUUCUUCUACAAAUGAUCAAAACACAAGACUUUAUCCAGGUCACGGUGAUGUGAUUGAAGACGGAUUAGACAAAAUCAAUGAGUAUAUCAAACACCGACUCGAACGUGAAAAACAAAUUUUAGGAUACAUAGCCUACGAACCGAAUUCAACCACUACAGACGAACUUAUGAAAUUUAUUUAUAAUGGUAAAUUACCUGAAAGAGUGAUUCCUGCUGCUCUUAGAGGGUUACGAUUACAUUUAAAGAAACUUAUGGAAGAAGAUCAAGUGAAAGAAAUCGAAUUGGAUCGUUGGACUCGAUUAAAAUCCAAUCAAGAGUAAAUUCAUCAGGUCUGAUGAAAUCUUUCCCUUACUGCAUUAGAGACUUUUUAAAUAAUUUUAUUUAUCAUGCUUUCCUGAAGACAUGUUGGUUGGAGUACAUUUAGAUUUAUAGACUAUGUAUCAAUCUUGUAUACUUAUCUAUAGCAAAGCAAAAUCUACAUUUGGUGAACG